GGUCAACCUCGCACUUCCCUUCCUCCUACAUAUAUGACCGGCCUGCGAAAGCAACGAAGAAACAACGUAAAACGAUGGAGGACUCCGACGAAUCGAAGGUGACCGGAGAGAUCGAGACCGAAUCGCCCCCGAACCCGACGCCCACGAAGAGGAGCGUCCGGACCAAGGUGCCGGAGGUCGAGAUCCACCUGUACCGGCAGGGCAAAGGUCCCAUCGACGUCUUCACGGCCAGCUUGGGCGGGUGGGACCAGGACCAGCUCGAGGUCCGAGACAUCCUCGACAAGUACGGCCUCAAGUCCAUCUUCGCCUUCAAUCCCGGGUCGGGUCGCGGCGUCCCCAUCCGGUUCAACCCCAGGAACGGCCGCUCCAUGCUGCCCUACAAGGACGGUGCCGUCAUCUACGUCGACGGAGAGCCCAAGGACUCCCUGGUCAAGCCCAUUACCAAGAUCUUGGUUGGCGUAGCAGUCACGGCUCUCUUGAUAUCAUUAGUAUCCAAAGAAAAUCCAGAGUGGCUCCACAAGUUGAACAUCUUUGGCGGUAACUUCCCUCCAUGGAUCCUAGCAUGUGUAGUCAUUGUUUUCACUCGCAUGAGGAAGAGAACUAAGGACUUGCUGAAAAAGUAUGGUUGGUGAAGCAACAUGACUCCGGCAUUCAAAUGCCGGUUUGAUUUUCGCCAACGUCCUCGAGUCUCGUUUGAAAGAUUUGCUGGUGACUGAUAUAUUUUGAUAUUUGUUCUGUAGUGGAAGGAGCAAUAACGGGUAGUAAACAAAUCCUUUUUGGAAGUGAAGUAAAUUUUGCAGGCAAAAGAUGUGCAACUCGUACUCAUUUCACACGCACGAUGUAACACAGGAAUUUUUAAAGUACACUCGUGUGCGAUAUGCCUAUGUUUUCUACGACUGUUUUACACGUCAUGGUGAUUGUUCGUAAUGUCCUAAAUCAUAUUUAGGACCUGUUAUGAUGUUUGUGUACUUAAUUACGACUACACGUCGUUACGUUGUAUUGAACACGUGAGGUUCCGUAGGUAAGUGCAUGAUCAUGAGGUUAUCCCGU